AUGGAGUCCGCAAACGUGAUUCUCAAAAAGGACAUUCCCUGCGCCCACUUGUCGAACACCUUCCUAAACCCCAAGCGCCUGGUUAUAUGCUGCGAUGGCACCUGGAAUAAUUCCAACGAUGGCAAGGACCCCUCGACCAACGUGAGCCGCCUUGCCAGCGCCGUCGCGCACAAGUGCUGCUCGGGCAUGCCUCAGGUCGUGUACUACCACCCUGGCGCCGGCACUGAAGCCAGCGCUCUCGCGCAUUUCCUCGGCGGCUUCCUCGGCCAAGGCGUCGUUCAGGACGUGGCCGAAACGUACCGCUUCGUGUGCGACAACUACAACCCCGGCGACGAGAUUGUGCUCGUCGGCUUUUCGAGAGGCGCCUUCACGGCGCGCUCGGUGGCCGACAUGAUUUGCAACCUCGGCUUCCUCAACCGCGCCGGCCUCGACAACCUGGCGGGCAUCUUCCACGACUACUGCACCUGGGAAGACUGGGUUGGCGAAAAAAAGCGAGACGAUUCCAAGCACCUGCUUGGAUUUUCCCUUGACAAUUACAACCCAACGUGCACGCUAGAUGAGCCCGGCAAGGACCAGCAGGGCGCCGGCAACAACAACAACAAGCCUCGGCCUCCACGGCCCGGCCGGGACUCGUUCGGAAAAAGCCUGGCGGAGGCCGAGGCCGGGACGUCGGCCAAGGCAUUCGCCGAACAGGUCGAGUCAGAACUUGCCACAGGAUUGGAAGCAAGGAAGGACUCCCUUUGGACCAAGAUCAAAAAGGCAGAGAAUCGCUCAGCGAUUGCCAAGCUGUACUUGGAGGAGCUUGCCCAGCAACAGCUCGUCCUUGCGACCAAGGUUCCCCAAGAGAACGGCAGGAUCAAGUGGGUUCCCGUCCAGGGAAAUGUCAAGGCAGUCGGGGUCUGGGACACGGUCGGCAGCCUGGGCGUCCCCAAGGGACCUCUGCGUCGCGACGCCGGCCGUAGUAACAACGAGAUCCGUUUCGCCAGCCUCGAGAUGCACGCAAACGUCCAGUUCGCCUUCCACGCCCUGGCCCUCGACGAGUACCGCACCGCCUUCAGCCCGACGCUUUGGCAGCUUCCCGAGGUAUCCAAGACGGUUCUGCGCCAAGUCUGGUUCGCGGGCAACCACGGAGACGUCGGCGGCGGCUGGGCGGACGAGCAGUCGGCCAACAUCUCGCUGGCCUGGAUGGCGGACCAGCUCACCUCGGUCGGCGUCGAGUUCAGCAGGCCCGAGUUCCAGCGCGUCUUUUACGACCUGGCCUCGUCCUCGGUGCCCGAGCAGUGGUCCAUGGGCCCCAUUCACAACCCGCCCCUUAAAACGUCCACGCUCGAGGUCGUGGGGAGCGUAGUCAAGCCUGACAGGAGCCCAGACCCACGCACACCGGGACUGUACAGCUGCGACGCACCCAAGGAGGGCUGGACCGAGUGGCUAAAGCGAUGGGCAACGUGGCAGCAGAAGAAAAAGCAGCCGUUCCUGGCCAGGUCAGAGGAGCUGGUCCACCCGUCGGUUAGGAUCCGGUACCAGUGUGGCGGGCAAGGGCCGGACGGGGCGGGUCCGUACACGUGCCCCGCGCUCUUUAAAAAUGGGUAUAUUCUGGAAAAGAGGAUUGGAAAGCCGAAGCCCAGGACCGUGAACGAGAGCCCGGAAGAGUGGCGAGCGAACCGCACGCACAAAACUGUCGGGGGCAGGGUCGUUAGCCACCGCAACGAUGCCGAGUCGGCCAAGCUGGCCACCUUGGAGCCGGACGCGCGCAGCAUCCGCGUGCAGCAGCCAGUCGAAGAGCUUCAUGUCGUAAAGCUGCCUGAGACCCAGACGAGCUGGGUUUGGAGGCACGAAGCGAUAGUGCGUGACGACGGCCCAUUGGAGCUUCCAGAGGAGCAGGUCGGGGUGUGGGAGCGCUUGUUUAUCAAGACACAGGAGCAGCUGGUGGAAUGGAAGCCCUUGUACGAAGCUCGCAAGAAGCGCUUGGAGGGCGUCGCGGCAAAGAAGCGAUGGCCCAUCACAAACGCGGCCUAUGGCGCAGCUGGCACGGUGGCGGGCUGGUUUAGCGGGAGCAAGGGUGCCACACCCAAGGGCAAGGAUGUGAGGGAUUGGGGCUAUCACGAAAUAGCCGUCUGGCUGUGGGGGGAGCUGGAAAAGAAGGACAAGUAG